AUGACACCCUUUCGAGCCCUCAUCACGCUUGCUUUCGCCGCCACGGCCUGGGCCCUGCCGCAGACGGGCAAUGAAGCGCGUACCCUCACCUGCCUCAAGUGGUGCCCCGACAACUUCCCCAACCUCGGACUGGCCUGCAUAGCGCAGGCUGCACUUGGAAAGGGCCCGUGUUAUGAGUGCGGUCCCAAAAGCACGUCGACGAAGAAGAAGCUCUGCAACCGCAAGUGUAUUGACACGUCUGCCGACAAGAACAACUGCGGCGCCUGCGGAAAAACCCUGCGGCGAAACCGGCCAAGUUCCGUCCUGACCUUCUCGCCCGCGGUCGUGCGCGCCCCAAAGCCCGCGGUAAUACGAGCGUUCCACAGCGGCCAUCCGUGGCCCCGCCAGCCAGCGCCCACGGAGCGAACAAGUCAAGACACUGAUCUGUAUCAAUUGGCGCUCGACCUUGCGCGAACGCCGACAAACGGAAAUGUAUCCAUUGACUACAUUGUCGUCUCGCGGGAUGGUGCGCAAACGUCGCAGCGCCGCACAAAGUUUGACAUUGCCCAGGAGUACGGUCUCAGCACCCGGGACUUGCGCACCUUUGAUCUUCAAUAUGGCGCGCUCACACACUUCAUCAUUCGGGAGCGCUCCAUCCUCGCGCACCUCUUCGAUCUCCGCCUCAUCAUCCAGGCGGAUAGGAUGCUAUGCUUCCCUGUGAAAGGCGUUGAGGACAGCGUCAUUGCCCGCGUGUUCAUGCACGAGGUGCAGAACAGGUUUCGCGCUGCUGCUGCUGCUACCCAACCGCAUCAGGGAAUGGAAGAGCAGCCCUUUGAGCUGAGUGUGUUGGAAGCGGCCUUGUCCGCCGUCACAUCAUCACUGGAGGCGGAGUUCUUGCAAAUACACUCGGAGGCAACGAGCGCCCUGGAAAAGUUUGACUCGAGGCGCGACACCCCUGUUCACCGGGACGACUUUGAGCUGCAUCUACUUCGCGAUCUGCUCGACAUUACGCGCAGAUUGGCAAUCGUCGAGAAGCGGGCACGCCUCACCCGAGACGCCGUACAAGACAUCCUCAACGAAGACGAGGACAUGGCCGCCAUGUACUUGACAGACAACAAGGAUGGGCGGCCUCACCCGAAGCACGACCACCAACAGGUCGAGUAUAUGUUCGAGGCCUUCUUCAAGACCAACGACACGACCGUGCAGGACGCCACCUCCACCAAAGAGAACAUUCGGCGAACAGAAGAGGCCAUUCGCUCCAUCCUAAACGUUCGUCGAAACCAAAUCAUGAUUCUCGAGGCCAAGAUUGAGAUUGCCAUGCUCGGCAUGUCUUUGGCGACACUCGUCGCAGGCUGGUACGGCAUGAACGUGGUCAACUUCUUCGAAGAGAGCACGUUGGCUUUUGCCGUGCUCGUACUGUCAUCGUGGCUUGGUAUCGGCGUCAUCUGGAGGUAUGGCCUACGAAGACUGCGCAAGAUUCAAGGAAGCCGCUACUGA